CGAUGCUGUCGGGAUGCCGCCGCUUCCAUACCCUUGGGCUGCACGCCAAGCUCGUGAAUGCGCUCAAGGCGCACGGCAUCGACCAGCCUAGCCAAGUGCAGCGCGUGGCAAUUCCGGCCAUUCUGGACACUCGCCGGCCCGACGUUGUUGUCGGAGCAGAAACGGGCAGUGGCAAAACACUGUCGUACAUCCUGCCACUCCUCGAACGAUUCCACGCGCAGUACCCUCUCGGCCGCGUCCGGAAGCCGAUGGCGGUCAUCUUGGUCCCAAACCAAGAACUCGUCAAGCAGAUCGACAGUGUCUUGAACACGUUUGGCAUGGACAUCCCGGUGGCAUGCUUGACCAAAACGCACGCAAUUCCCCGUCACGCCGCCAUCGUUGUGGGGACUCCCAAGGCAGUUAUCCAGCACACGUCCGUGUCGGACCUUGAAUUUGUCGACACCAUCAUCGUGGACGAAGCCGAUAUGCUGCUUGGCGGGGGCUUUGAGCGCGAUACAAAGCAGGUCCUCGGCGUGAUGCGAAACCAGUCUCUCUCGGACCCUCGCUUCAACCAGUUUGUGGACACACCACUCGACAAAACGAUCGACGUCCCGACCGCACCCCAUGGCCGCCAGACCAUCUUCAGCGCCGCAACUAUUCCCACCUACGGCCGACUUGCGGUUAGCGAAUACCUCAAGAAGAAGUUCCCUGGCGCCGAAUACGCCAUCACAGACAACUUCCACCGGACCGUGCCGACGUUGGAGCAAUCCUUUUUGCACUUGGACGACUCGUCGAUAGAAGCACGGCAAGAGCUCUUGAUGGAGAUCCUGACCAACGACAAGUCACGAGGGACAACGCUGAUUUUUGCAGAUUCCGUCGCCAGUGCCAAGGCACUGCACACGUUCUUGGAAGCUGAGGGACUUCGUUGCACCAUGCUGCACAAGGACAUUCCACGCGAAGAGCGCACGGCAGUGCUCGCUGCCUGCAACAACGGAGAAGCGGGCGACGACGAAAGACACAUUGUGGUGGCGACAGACAUGGCAGCCCGUGGCCUCGACCUGCGCCAUGUGAAUCAUGUGAUUCAGUACGAGUUUGCAACGAACGUCGUGGCCCACAUCCAUCGAAUUGGACGAACAGCACGGGCAGGCGCGACGGGAAAAGUGACCAACAUCAUUACAAAAGAAAACGACCUCGUGUACAAGGAAAUCGCGGCCGCGGGGGCCACCGGCGCGCUCACACAGGGCUUCAGUCGCCGCCGGAGUUUGCGCAAAAAGUUCAAGAAGGCGUCGCGACCAGUUUGUGACGAAAAGGAUCGUCAGGAUCCAACGAGUUGAACGCUACCACCCAAGUUUGCAUAUUCACCUUUCUCUCC